AUGUCGAGUCAAGGAUCGUAUCUGUCUGCGCAGAAGGGCUUCCUUUCGGGUCCCGGCGGUCGCCCCGCCGAGCCCAAGCAAAACUUUCUGCUGAGGUUCAUCAACACGCAGAUUCUCGCACCCGAACACCGCGCGGGCAACAUCAGCAUCGCUUGGGGCGUCAGCGUCUUUGUUGCGGGCAUCGUCGCCGCUCGCAACUUUGGUGACCUCAUCACUCCCGUCUUCUAA